AAUUGGCGUGCUUGGGCUUGUGGACAAAUAACGAAACGCUGUUAGUAAAACCCUGUGGUACGCCGUGUUUGCUGUUACUUCUGAGAGACGCCCAUACCCACCUGCUAGCCAUGGAGUGGAAGCCUAUGGAAAUUAAUCCCGAGAUGCUGAACAACGUACUGAGCAAGCUGGGGGUCCGGCAGACUUGGCGUUUCGUGGAUGUACUGGGGCUGGAGGACGAGUCGCUGUCAUCGGUACCCGCCCCGUCCUGUGCCGUAAUGCUGCUCUUUCCGCUAACGCAACAGCACGAGUCUUUCAGGGAGAAGCAGGUGGCGGAGCUGGGGGGGGCAGAGGACCCCAAAGUGUUCUUCCUCAGGCAGACUGUGGUCAACUCCUGUGGCACAGUGGGCCUGCUGCAUGCAGUGGCCAACAACCAGGACAAGCUGGAGUUUGACAGUGACUCAGCACUGAAGAAAUUUCUAGACCAGACAGCCGGCCUGUCCGCAGAUGGGAGAGCCUCAUGCCUGGAGAGUAAUAAGGAAAUCCGUGCUGCCCAUGAUGAUGUCGCAGCAGAGGGGCAGUGCCGGAUUGAGGCAGACAAGGUGAACUUCCAUUUCAUCACCUUUGUGAAUGUGGACGGACAUCUGUACGAGCUGGAUGGAAGAAUUAAGUUUCCUGUGAAACAUGGUGCUACAAACAAGGACACCUUUGUAAUGGAUGCAGCAAAGAUCUGCCGUCAGUUUACAGCCCGAGAGAAGGACGAGGUUCGGUUCUCCGCCGUGGCCUUGUGCAAGGCCUAACUCCACCGGGGAACCCGAGACUGUCACCAAAUGGGCACAAGCUACACCAUGCCGAACCAAGCCUAGAACUGUGUGAGAUGGCGCUCUUCCUGUUGGCUGUAAAAUGUUAAACCCUUCUGGGGCAUCUUCUCUGAUUUUGUUUCACUGUUGUGAUGUCUGUGGCAAAGACACUGAGCUCCGCUUCACAACCUGCCUUUGACAGCUGUUUACCUGUAGUCAAGUUGCCUUGCUGUCAUUUUCCCCAAUCAAAACCAUACCAAAAAAUGUGAUUAGCUAAUCAAGGCCAUAGCAUUUAGCGUGCACUGCUGGGCAGGGCUUUUGCAGACUGCAAGAUGUUUUCUGUUCAGUGCUAUGCAGUUUGAAUUUAAUAAAUGCCUUUUUCCUUCUG